UGUAGGGACUAGGCUACUGCUGCUCCAGCAACACUGUUCCUAACUCCUACAUCCAAAGCCCCUGCUGGUCUCUGUAUUUGGAAAGUGUGAGCUAAUCAACUGAGCAGCUGCUCACCACCAAAGAUGGGAAGUGGAAUCAGCUCAGAGAGCAAGGAGUCAGCCAAGAGGUCCAAAGAACUGGAGAAAAAGCUUCAAGAGGAUGCCGAGCGAGAUGCAAGAACAGUCAAGCUGCUGCUCCUUGGGGCAGGUGAAUCUGGAAAGAGUACUAUUGUUAAACAAAUGAAGAUCAUCCAUAAGAAUGGUUACAGCAAACAAGAAUGCAUGGAGUUUAAAGCAGUGAUCUACAGUAACACACUACAGUCGAUCUUAGCCAUUGUGAAAGCUAUGACUACACUUGGGAUUGAUUAUACAAAUCCCAGAAGCUCAGAAGACAAACAACAACUUCUUGCAAUGGCAAGUACUCUAGACGAUGGCGACAUGACACCCCAGCUGGCUGAAGUGAUUAAGCGACUAUGGGGAGACCCAGGAAUUCAGGCAUGCUUUGAAAGAGCCUCUGAAUACCAGCUCAAUGACUCUGCAGCUUACUACCUUAAUGACUUAGAUAGAAUCACAGCUCCUGGGUACGUGCCAAAUGAGCAAGAUGUUCUACAUUCCCGGGUGAAAACGACUGGUAUCAUUGAAACUCAGUUCUCCUUUAAAGACUUGAACUUCAGAAUGUUUGAUGUAGGUGGACAGAGAUCAGAGAGAAAGAAAUGGAUCCACUGCUUUGAAGGAGUGACAUGCAUUAUAUUUUGUGCUGCACUAAGUGCCUAUGACAUGGUGCUCGUGGAAGAUGAAGAAGUGAACAGAAUGCAUGAAAGUCUCCACCUAUUCAACAGCAUCUGUAACCACAAGUAUUUUGCCACCACCUCCAUUGUUCUGUUUCUCAACAAGAAAGACCUCUUCCAGGAAAAGGUGACCAAGGUGCACCUCAGCAUCUGCUUUCCGGAGUAUACUGGACCAAAUACAUUUGAAGAUGCAGGGAACUAUAUCAAGAACCAAUUUCUAGACCUGAAUUUAAAAAAAGAAGAUAAGGAAAUCUACUCUCAUAUGACUUGUGCUACUGAUACUCAAAACGUCAAAUUCGUGUUUGAUGCAGUGACAGAUAUAAUAAUAAAAGAGAAUCUCAAAGACUGUGGGCUCUUCUGAGCAACCUCUUUUCUCCCACUUGUGAUGGUUAUACUCUGUUCAAGACAUCAAAGGUGCUGUGUGAUUAGCGUAGGUAGAUACUAACUUAGCUAGAAAUGUAACUAUCAUUAUAAAACAAAAGCUUAACACAAAAAUGUUACUGUAUUAUCACCUGUAUAUGCUAAAGUUUUAUUUCCUUGGGGAACAGUGGGUGGAGUUUGUGAUAUUCUCUAACUAGAAUGUGCUGUAUUUUGGUAACUAUCACAAUAUAUAUUCAUGUUAUUAAACUUUCUUGCAGAUGUGUUAUAAGUGACCAAUUGUUAAUCAUAGAAUUACAGAAAGUGGCAGUACAUCUCCCCUAGCUAGAUUUUUGAAAAGCAUUCAAAGCCAUGUCUGUACUACUAAAACUAUACAAAAAUGAUACAAGUUAUAUUUUGGUCACCUGCCCUUCAUUUAGAUUGCCACAAAGCAUACACAGUACAUGCUUUUGUUGAUGGGAAAUUGUGUAUCUAAAAUAAAUAUAUACAAUCCUUCAGGAUGGCAUGGGAUAUUAUUACAACUGAUAACCUGGGUCUUGCAGUAACAAUUCCAGACUUCAAGUGAAAAAAUUUUAUUUAAUAGGAUGUUCUCUGUUUUGUGGAUUUGAGGAAUAAUAGCAAACAGGAGAAUUUGAAAUGACAGCCAUUGAACUUCUCUAUUGGAACUGAAUGGUCUGUUCUGACUUUUUAAAUUGGUGCCCUACAAACCUAAAUGUCUUACUUACACAAUGAUACAGGCGUCCUUUUAAUCUUCAAGCAAUUUUGAUGUCAUUCAUCCUUCUGCAUUUGUGAAAAUGGAUAUAAAAAACAGAUUUUAGACUAGUGCAUGAAAUGUAUAAUGAUUCAUAAAAGAUUAAAUUGGAUUUUUUUACAAAGAAUAGUGAUGCAAAGAACAAAAAAAA